CCUCCCCGGUCCUCAGCUGGGUCCAGAACGCGGCCUGCUCAACCCUUAAUCCGCCUCUCCGACGUUCCUCGCCGGCUCAGCCGUUGGUUCGGUAACGCGCCGCCGCGCCGCCUGCUCCUCUGCCGUUCCGCCCGCUCCGCGCCCCCAUCUCCGAACGACCCCGCAGUCCUCCACUUUCUCUCCUGCUGCCCUGCCCUUCGCCCCGGGAUCCGGUCUCCUACCGGCCGCGCCGCCGAGGAACGCUGCUGGUCGAUCCCGGCCGCUCGCUGCUCGCCAGUGACUUCCUCGACGCUCGCCGACUCGCAGCCGAGCUGCUGCUCCCAGGCCUCGCCUGUACAAGGGAUAGUUAGAAGUGCAUAAAUUUUGGCCGGAGGUUUUGCCCCGAUGACCACACUACCCCACUGGAACCGCCUGAUCCAGCUCGCCGCCGCGUCCGGGGCCUACACCCAGUGCAUGGGGCACUACGCGGCCCUCCUCGCCGCGGGCCUCCGCGGCGGCGACGCCUCCACCUUCCCUUCCCUCGCCAAGUCCUGCGCGGCGCUCCGCUUGCCCCGCCUCGGACGCUCCCUCCACGCGCACGCCCUACUCGCCGGCGCCGCCUCCGAUGUCUUCGUCCGCACCUCGCUCCUCGACAUGUACGCCAAGUGCGCUUGCCUCCCCGACGCGCGGCGCCUGUUCGACGAGAUGCCGAGCCGGACCCUGGUGUCCUGGAACUGCAUGGUCACCGCGUAUAGCAAGAGCUCUCAUGUCGAGGAGGCCGUCGCGAUGUUCAAUGCGAUGCGGGGCCUUGGAGUGAGGCCCAGUGCGGGCACGCUUGUCGGUCUGAUGUCUUGGUCUGUGAACUCCAUGGCCACGAGAAGUCUCGGCUUGUGCUUGUACGGUUAUAGCCUGAAAUCUGGACUUGAUGCCGAUUUGCCGGUGUUAAACUCCGUGCUCACCAUGCUUGUCCGCGGUGGGCAGCUGCACGCUGCGCGGUUGAUUUUUGACUCUAUGAGUGAGAAGUCUGUAGUUUCUUGGAGUGCAAUGGCGUCGGGGUUUUUGCAGGUUGGCAACUAUAUGGAAGUGUUUGGUCUGUUCAACCGCAUGCAGGCUGCUGGGCACAAGCUUGAUUCGGUGGCACUUGUUAACCUGAUCUCAGCCGCUGUUCUGUUAGGGAACCUGUUGGUGGCCAAGGGCAUGCAUGCUCUUCUGGUAAAGAGUGGUUUUGAAUCUGAGAAAGAUCUCGUGUCAUCGCUGGUUAACUUGUAUGCCAGGUGUGGAGACCUUGAGGCUGCUCAAGAGCUCUUUGAUGCAGUUCACAUGAAGGAUGUAGUGCUGUGGACUUCAAUGAUAACUGGAUAUGUUGAAGGUGGCUAUCCAGACAAGGCACUGACGAUGUUUGAUAGCAUGUUGCGCACAGAUGUAGAGCCGAAUGAGGCAACAGUUUCGUCAGCUCUUUCAGCUUGUGCCGAUCUGGGGUCUGCUAAUCAGGCGAAAAAGGUUGAGGAUCAUGUGGUAGCACUCGGGCUGCAGUCAGAUCUGCGAGUUGCUACCGCACUGAUCGACAGAUACUGCAAGUGCGGUAGUGUUGAGCUGGCUAGGAAAAUAUUUGAUGGUGUUAACAUCACCAGUAGGGACUUAGCUAUCUGGAGUGCCAUGAUCAAUGGAUAUGCCUGCAAUGGAGAAGGCAGUGAAGCUCUCUUCCUUUUCAGUGAGAUGCAAAAGGAAGGUGUUCAGCCAGAUGCCAUUGUCUUUACUCAUCUAUUAACAGCAUGCAAUUAUUCUGGUCUAGUAGACGAAGGCCUUCGGUGCUUUCGCAGUUUGACAGAGGAAUAUGGCAUCGAACCAUCUGUUGAGCACUAUAUGUGCAUAAUUGAUUUGCUAUGUAAAUCUGGUCAUAUUAGUAUCGCUAAGGAGUUCUUUAAGAAGAUGCCUAUUAAAUUACAGAAUCUUGUUUUGGCUCCUAUUGUUAGUGCAUCCAGUUCCCACUGUGCUGAUUCUUCGAUGGAUUUGGUAUCAGAGGAACUACUUAACCUAGACCCUCAAAAUUCUGGUCACUGCAUCCUGAUUUCUAAUAUGCUAAGUUGUUUGGGGGAGUGGAAGAAGGCCAGGACUUAUAGGAAGCUAUUAAGCAAGCAAGCAUUAGUCAAGGAACCUGGACUGAGCUGUAUUGAACUGAGUGGCUAA